GGGCUGCGUCCCUCCCCUGGCCCGCUCGCAGGCUGGAGCCCGGGUCAGCUUUGGCAUCCUCCUCCAGUCAGUGACCAACUCCGCCUGGCUUAACGAGUCUUCUGCGGGCCCCCCUCGGUUCCCUUCCAGCUGCCCUCCCGCUACGAGAGUGAGCCCCGCGGCUGGCAGGCUGAGUAGGAGCAAAGGAAGGAGAAUCAAAGAGAAGAAAGACCUGGCUGGGUCUGGGUGGUGUCUGCAGUGCCAGAAAGGGAGGUGGUGGCGGCGGCGGCUGCGACCACGGCCGCGCGGGACCUGAGGCCCGAGAGCAGCUGGCGGCGGCGGCGGGAGCUCCAGCGCCUCGCGCCGGGGCCGUUAGUCAGCAGAACGCGAGCCCGUGUGGAAGAGCAGGGCCGGCGCGGGGAGGCGAGACUCGGGAGCGCGAGCCGGCCCUCUGGGGCGCUGCCGUCCUUCUUCGCCCCGGCGCGGGGGACUGCAGCCCUCGUCCCUGCGCCCGCAGGCCGGGAGAGUCCGGCGGUGGCGGCAGCACGAAUCGCGCCUUGUGGAGGACAGCGGAUCGGCAGAGGUUCUCAUCCGGCCCAUUCUGCCUGACACCUUGGCUGCGGCCCCUCAGGUGCAGCUCAGAUAUAGUCAUGGAAUCUUCUAAGAUUUAUUUUCCUCCUUGCUGGAAUAUUUCGAAGAGAGUCUUGGUUUGGUAACUUUCUGGCAUUUUUAUUCAGAAGAUGAAUAAUCUUUCAUUUAGUGAGCUGUGUUGCCUCUUCUGCUGUCCACCUUGUCCAGGGAAAAUUGCUUCAAAAUUAGCAUUUUUGCCACCUGAUCCAACUUACACGCUAAUGUGUGAUGAAAGUGGAAGCCGCUGGACUUUACACCUAUCGGAACGAGCAGACUGGCAGUACUCUUCUAGAGAAAAAGAUGCUAUUGAGUGUUUCAUGACUAGAACCAGUAAAGGCAACAGAAUUGCCUGCAUGUUUGUGCGUUGCUCCCCCAAUGCCAAAUACACUUUACUCUUCUCACAUGGAAAUGCUGUUGAUCUCGGUCAGAUGAGCAGCUUUUACAUAGGACUGGGAUCACGGAUUAACUGUAAUAUAUUCUCAUAUGAUUAUUCUGGAUAUGGUGCAAGUUCUGGGAAACCAACGGAGAAGAACCUCUAUGCCGACAUAGAAGCUGCUUGGCUUGCUCUUAGGACAAGAUAUGGCAUUCGCCCUGAAAAUGUGAUAAUCUAUGGCCAAAGUAUAGGAACAGUACCAUCUGUGGACCUUGCUGCUCGAUACGAGAGUGCUGCUGUGAUUCUUCAUUCUCCCCUGACCUCGGGAAUGCGAGUUGCUUUUCCUGAUACCAAGAAGACCUAUUGUUUUGAUGCAUUCCCAAACAUUGACAAAAUCUCUAAGAUAACCUCUCCAGUAUUAAUAAUUCACGGGACUGAAGAUGAAGUUAUUGACUUUUCCCAUGGCCUCGCGUUGUUUGAGCGCUGCCAAAGACCUGUGGAGCCUCUGUGGGUUGAAGGGGCCGGUCACAAUGACGUGGAACUUUAUGGACAGUACCUUGAAAGGUUGAAACAGUUUGUGUCUCAGGAACUGGUAAAUUUGUAAAGUAUUCUGUAAAUUUGCAUACCGAGUUUUCUUUUGCUGAACUGCACUCUUUGGUAAAUAACAUAAAACCUGAAGGUUUUGUUUGCAAAUCAUGUCAGUUGCCUUCAUAAAUGUACAGGUAAUGAUUUGUUAACAGACUUAAUGAAGGUUUUAAUUACCAGAACUAGAACUGGAAAUAACAGUAUCAUGCAGUCAGGCUGUGUAAUUUAUAUUUUUUCUGUGAAUUUUUUUUUUUAAACAUCAAGAUGAGUACUGUAUGGAAUUUUAAUUCUGUAAAAUCAGAUGCUGUAAAAGUAUUGCCAAAUGCUUUUGCAUAUGAGAAACAAAUUUAUAAAUAUUUUUAAAACAUCUCAAUGUACUAAAUAUCCUGGUAUACAAAUGUAAUAUUCUUUCGAUAAAAAGCUGUAUAUCUAAAAUAAUUCAAGUACUCAUAAUAGAAUAAACUGUAAGAAAACACACAAGUUCAUUAGAGAUUACCUAAACCCUGUUGUACAGGGAUAGAGGUUUAAACGGUGAUUUUAUUGUAAAAUACAUUGAAUUUUCUGUAUUUCCUGGUUAUCAUACAUUUUCUCCUUUACAAAAAAAAAAUGAUGUAAGUCUUAAUUUUUAUGCUAUCUGUUAAUUUACCAACUAGUUACCUUGUAAAUGAGAAGUCAUAAUAGCACUGAAUUUUAACUAGUUUUGAUUUAUAAGUUUGGUACUGUGAGGCAACUACUUAAAAUUUUUAUUUUAGUUAUUUAAAAGGCAUUUAGAGCUUCAAGAAUGAUUUUGUAUGCAAUGUUGUUUUAAAUUUUGACUAAUCUCAUACAAUUGCAGUUCUCUUCGAUAGAAGACAACCUGAAAGUCCAUUAUAUGUUCUUCAAGACCACAAACAGACUGGCUUUCGUCCCUUUCCUCUUUGGCUAUUUUUAAGAAUAGGACCUAUUGUUUUGGAUUACUAUCUGAGAAAUUCAUGGAUUCACUCCUGGAUGCAGGAGCUAAGAAAACAUUUAAUUCAUAACUUUUAUAAUAACCAAUGUAGUAAAAAAUAAAGUUCACACACAAAACUAAGUUGCCUUUCCUUGAAUGAAUCUUGCCUGAAUAAAACAAUGAAAGAAAAAUAAAAAUUAAAUUAACGGUAUGUAGUCUAAUUUGUAAAUGAAUGAACAUUGAAAUAAUACACACUGUGGAUAUAUUUUAAGGCCUUAUGUAGUUUAAUUGUUCUGCUUGUUCUGUGGUUAUGUCUAAGACUAUAGUAUAUGAUUCUCUUCAAAGUAUAUCAAGUAUUGUGAAUGCUUUGGUUCAGAUGUGUCAAACUAACAGUAAAACAACAAAUAUACCACUCA